CAUUUCCGCCGGCGUAGGGAGGUUGUUUCCAGGUGAGAGGGCAAAGCAGAAUGGCGGAGGCAAAAGAGCAGGGAAAUGAAAGUGACCAGUUUGAGGUGUUGGAUUUGGCUGAAUAUGCUAAACGACAAAGAUGGUGGAACCGAUUCUUCGGCAGAAACUCUGGACCAAUUGCUGAGAAAUAUACAGUAGCAACGCAGCUGAUGAUUGGAGGAGCCAGUGGAUGGUAAACUGGCUUUCUCUUUCAGAAAGUUGGUAAAUUAGCUGCAACUGCAGUUGGGGGAGGCUUCUUCCUGCUACAGAUUGCCAAUCACACGGGGUACAUCACUGUUGACUGGAAACGAGUGGAGAGAGAUGUGAACAAAGCAAAGAAGCAGUUGAAAAUUGGCAAAAAUAAGGUUGCAUCAGAAGUACAUGGUGCAUUUGAUGAGGUGACUGUGUUUGUGAAAAAGAACAUUGUCCUCACAGGUGGUUUUGUAGGUGGCUUCCUAAUUGGACUUGCAUCAUGAGGAUUAGUUGAAGAUGUUAUUUUGAGUGAAGAACUACACUCCAUAAUACUUCCGUCCCUACCCUCCAAAGCAUUGAUAGAUUGUAUGUAUUUUGUAGGGUGAGUGGCCCACAGAUCAGUACUGAGCAAGUGGCUUUAUUAUAUUGUAUUGAAGGAGAUUUUCCUUGCCGAAUUCUUGGCCUCGCAAUUCUUAAUGAAAUAAAUCUUCAACAUUUGUUUUUACCUUUGUUUAGGACUAUAAUCAAAGUGGUGUUGAAUAUAAUAGCAUGGUUGCACUCAUGGAAGAAUUGACAUAAAUUUUAACAUGAUUUGCAUUCACAGAAUGAUCACAUUCUAGUGCUCCUUCAGCACAAAAUGAAAAUCUUGUUAUGUUUUAUUUUUAUAUUUUGAAUCUUAAUAACCAUGUGUAAUUUUGGAAUGGAAUAAUUGCCUGUGUACUUACAUGGUUCCUAGCACUAACACUAAGUACUUGCUAAAUAUUGAUGUUGUUGAAAAUUAUGCAGUCCCCAUGCUGACACUUGAAAAAGAUUGGAGUUUAAUAAUUUAAUGUAGUUUGCAACAUGAUAAGAAUGUAUUUACAAAUUCAAUAUGAUGUCAAAUUUAUUAAAAACAGGUGCCUUGGGAGCAUUGAAAAGUCAAUACACAGUCUUAGAAGCUGAGUUUAUUACUUGUUUCUAUUUCCUUUUGUUUUGCCUUUUCAUUUAAAUAUCCUUGUGCAUUCUAGUUUUUAACAUCACUUCCAGGUAUCUUUUCUGACUUAAAAAUUGCAUUUACCAUAGUGAUUUCAGAUCAUGUUGCCCAUGAGCAAAACCUGGUUCACUGUAUGUUUCUGCAGACCUUGCUGCUUACCAUUUAUUGUUGCAGUGCAGCUAGGAAUUAGAACAUGUUAUGCUCAGCAUUUAGAAAAUAACAAUCGAUAUUAAAAUCUCAAGUGUCUGAUAUCAUAGUAAAAACUGAUAUGCUAAUCUAUGCAUAUUAUAUUACUGCUUUAUACUGUCAUUCUAGGUGUGAUCUUUUACUGUUUUAAGUGAUGCUUGUCUUUUCCACACUUGUACAAUUGAGUCAGAUUAUAGAUUCAUAUCUCACUGUUGAGAUUUCAGUAUGACCCUUGAGUAAAUUGUUGCAUUGGUGAAGUUACUGCCUUUCAAAUGAGAGGUUAUUGCUUAUUCGCAGAUGGGCAUUGAAAAUCCUAUGGUGUGUGUGUUUUUUUUUUGAAGUAUGUAUUUAUCUUGCUGAAACAUUGUAGAAUAUUGCACUGUGCAAAUUUGGCUGAAUUAGUUUUGACUUUACAAAAGUGUCAUUGGGUUAUGAAGAUACUUGAAACAUUGGAACUUUCUGAAUACAAAGUAUUUUAAUGAAACUUUGUCAAAAAAUGACUUGCAGAUUUAAAAAUGAGCUACUUGGACUGGGCAGCCCACAUAAACAUUUUUUUCCACUUAUAAACAGAAGGUAGGACAUGAAUAUACGUUUAUAAGGCAUUUAUUAGAAUCUGUACACCUUUAAUAUAUUUAUAUACCUGGUAAUUGGAUGAACCAUUAAUUUUUUUAUAUAUAUUAAGAUACAGUAUAUGACAAUCCACUUGAGCAAGAAAGUUUGUCUAUUCUACAAAGAAUUGAUUCUAAACAUAAUUCUGUGACCUAAAGCCAUUUGAUUUAUUGUAAUUUGUCUUUUCCAUGUUUAAUUUCUCAUUUACAUGGUUUUAUAAUUUACAUGGUCACUUCCAGCCUGAUGGGCCCAAUAGAUUUCCUGCCCUGAAAUACCUUUUAAGAACUUACAUUUAAAAGGAAGUGAUGUGAAAUGCAAGCUGUGUCAGAGACAAGUUAUAUUGUUUGCCUCAGGAGUGUAUGGCUUUUUUAGGAAUUGUUUCCAAUCUUUAGUGAACAUUUGAACAAAUGGGACAUCUAUGUUUGAACAUUCCGCUAUCCCAAACACACAAUGCAGAUUGUAAUUUCAAUACUGUAUAUGAAAAUGUUAUUCUGCUUUUACCAGCAAUAAUUUUUGUCAUCUAGACAAUUUGUAACAUGGAGUCAAUUUUGUUAAAAUGUUUGCGCCAACUGCUAUUUUAUCCUUUCUUUCUGGUUCUUUCAAAAACUAAAGAUUCACUGUACAAAUUUGUACAGCAUAGUCACAAUUACCUUCCACAUUAAAAAAUGUUCAUGCAUUUCAUUUUCAAUUUGAAAAUACAAUGGAAUCAUUGUGGACUGUUACUGCAGCAGUCUAUUUUUUUCAUUGUGGAAAUAUGUACAGUAUUCAUAAAGCUGGAUUUGCUCAUAUUUCUAGAGUCAAUCACUACACAGGCAUUUUUCCUGACUGGGGAAAAAUAAUAAUGAUUUGACUGAUAGAUUUCUCUGAUUUGAAUUAAAAAUGCAGCUAAGGACAUUUUUUUGAUGUUCUCUCAGUUUAGUGCAUUGAGUGCCAAGACGAUAUGCAAUCUGAUUUUUCUGCUUAUCCAAUUACUUGCUUGGUAUACAGUAGGAGUAUGUUUUGCCAUUUGGUGCCUCUUGUUCUCUUUAAUUUAUCAUUGUAUUUUUGGUAACAGUAUUAUUUCUUGAAAGAAUGCACAUUGUUAACGGUGUUGAGAAAGUACACCAUAAAUGAGUUUUAUGAAAUGUUGUGUUUUGCAUUUCUGUCUGUAUUAUUCCCUAUCUACAGAAAGAUCCUAAUAAAACCUAUAUCCAUUCA